UCGUUAUAUGGAAAUGGAUCGUUGCUUCGAUGUAUUUUAACUUUUUUUUUCAAUUUAAUAUAGGCUGAUUGUGAGAGCGUUUGUUAAUAUUCUCAAAUUUACAACAAAUACACAAAAUCAAAAUGGAAACACAGGAAUUGCUGAAAUGUUUUGACGAGAAAAUUGAAUGGGGUUGGCAAAUGAUUGAAAAAUUAAAACAAGUAAAUAAAGUUGAAGGAAUUGAUAAGUUGAUACGAAAAAUACAACAAGAAGUGAAAUUUUUAAAAAAGGUACGUUCUACAGGAAAUGUCAAAAAAGAACACCUACAGAGUACCAAUUUGAUACAUUUAAAUGCAAUAGUGGAACGCUUGUUAUCUGCUAAUGAACCAGUAAGUGUAUUGAAACCAUUCAAAAAUGAGAACUCAAGAUUAGAAGUUGACAUUGUAUGCAAUGGUGGUUCAAGUUGGGUAAAAGUUAUAGCUCGCAAUGCCAAAGCUCUUACGUUAAUUUCUUGUGGAAAUGCUGAAUACGGGCAAAAAUCUGUGUUAGAUCAAGCUGAAGCAUAUUUAAAGUGUGCUAAAAAUUAUCCACAUAUGUAUAAGCCACCAGAUAUAAUUUUUUAUUUUGCAUGUGGUAUAGAAAUUCCAUUAGCUCAAAAAUUGGAAAAUUCAUUAAAUAUUAUCGUUGAAGGGAAAAAAAUUGAUGCUCUUGCAGAAGACGAUGUUGCAUCUGUAUUAUUUACAGAUGAUGCCCUGUACUCAGAAUCUGAUUCUCAAUCUGAAUCAUCAUCAAAUAGUAAUCUAUGCGAUUUAUUAGAGUUAAAUAAAAGUAUUGAAACCAAAAGUAUUGGAAUAUUGAAUCUAGAUGUAUCAACGUUACUAGCAUAUGUUACCAAUAUGACUAAUGGCCAUGCUAACUUUUUGUAUGUAGAACCAUUACUUAAUCAGCAAGCUAUGUGGGAAAGAAGUAGUCCAUUAAAACCUGUACUUGAUCAAUUAUUUCAAGACAAGGAACUAAUUGUGUGUCAAACUGCUUAUGAUAACUUUACAAAUAUCAUCAAUUUAAUUGGUGGAGAAAAUGAAAAAAAACGUGCAAACGAACUAAUAAACACAGUAAAAAUUGUAAAUGAUAUUCCACAAGGAAGAGUUAUGGAACUUAGUCUUGGUGGUAAAAUCAAGGAACGAUCCAGAUUAGUUUUUGCUACUGGAGAAAACUUUAAGAGUAUUACAGUUUCUGCAAAUGAAGGUUUCGUUAGAGCAGCUAGAAUGCAGGGUGUUGAAUGUAUGGUAUUCAUUCAUGAGCCACGAUCAUUAUCUGAAAUUAAAGAGCUCUCGCCACUGGAUCCGGAAUCAUCUUGACAUCAUUUUAGUACUUUAUUUGAGCAGCUAAUGUUCAAUGUGUAAUGUACUCAUUUGUAAAUACAUUGGUUUUGUACAUAUAUUUUAUUUAUUUUGCUGAAGUUCAG